UCAUAUUUUCAUUUCCAAUGGAGCGAAAAGUCUUAAAUACCCUCUUCUUCUCCGUCUUUGCCGUUCUCUUCUUCACCUCCUCUGCUUCUUCCCAAUACCAAACUCUCGUCGUCAACACUCUUCCUUCCUCCGCAACCCUCUCAUGGCCAGAAUCGGAAUCUUUAACAGAUGAAUCCGUUACCGAAUCCACAACUUCACUCUCUGUCCAUUUAUCACACGUAGAUGCUCUGUCUUCCUUCUCCGACGCAUCUCCGGCGGACCUCUUCAACCUCCGUCUCCAAAGAGACUCUCUCCGCGUCAAAUCCAUAACCAGCCUCGCCGCCGUAUCAACCGGACGAAAUGCCACCAAAAGAACUCCACGCUCAGCAGGUGGAUUUAGCGGCGCCGUUAUCUCCGGUCUCUCACAAGGAAGCGGAGAGUAUUUUAUGAGGUUAGGUGUUGGAACUCCGGCGACUAACGUUUACAUGGUGCUCGACACAGGAAGCGACGUCGUUUGGCUCCAAUGCUCUCCUUGCAAAGCUUGUUACAACCAAUCCGACGCGAUUUUUGACCCCAAGAAAUCCAAAACUUUCGCCACCGUACCAUGUGGGUCUCGCCUUUGCCGGAGACUAGACGACUCGUCGGAAUGUGUCACUCGUCGAAGUAAGACUUGUCUCUACCAAGUAUCGUACGGUGAUGGAUCAUUCACGGAAGGAGAUUUCUCAACCGAAACGCUGACGUUUCACGGAGCGCGUGUUGAUCACGUGCCAUUAGGAUGCGGUCACGACAACGAAGGCUUGUUCGUUGGUGCGGCUGGGCUAUUGGGCUUGGGCCGUGGUGGGUUAUCUUUUCCGUCGCAGACGAAAAACCGUUAUAACGGAAAAUUCUCUUACUGUUUGGUUGACCGGACGAGUUCCGGUUCUUCUUCUAAACCGCCGUCAACUAUCGUCUUCGGAAACGACGCCGUUCCGAAAACCUCUGUUUUCACGCCGUUAUUAACGAACCCGAAACUCGACACGUUUUAUUACUUGCAGCUUCUUGGAAUCAGCGUUGGUGGUUCGCGCGUUCCCGGCGUUUCGGAGUCGCAGUUCAAGCUUGACGCCACCGGAAACGGCGGUGUUAUUAUCGAUUCCGGUACUUCGGUUACUCGGCUGACGCAAUCUGCUUACGUGGCGCUUAGAGACGCUUUCCGACUUGGUGCGACGAAGCUGAAACGUGCUCCGUCGUAUUCUUUGUUCGACACGUGUUUUGAUCUAUCGGGAAUGACGACUGUGAAGGUUCCGACGGUGGUUUUUCAUUUCGGAGGCGGGGAGGUUUCGCUUCCGGCGAGUAAUUAUCUGAUUCCGGUGAACACUGAAGGACGGUUCUGUUUUGCAUUCGCCGGAACUAUGGGGAGUUUGUCGAUAAUUGGAAACAUACAGCAACAAGGUUUCCGGGUCGCUUACGACUUGGUUGGGUCACGGGUCGGGUUUUUGUCUCGCGCGUGUUAGAUUUUGAGUUUGAGUUGACUGAUUUAUUCCCAAAGUCUUAUUGGGGAAAAAAAAAUAAUCAAAGCAAAUUAUCAAACAUUGUUAUCAUCAUCGAUUUAUCUUACUACUCAUUAGACAUGAUUAAUGAAGAUCCCUAGAUAAA